AUGACGGAGAACAGAAUGUCAACGCCAACUCUCAUCAACUUACCUCCUCCGCCAUCAGAUCCCGUUACUCCUUCUGAGAUGGGGCCUGGCACUCCCAACUCCGGCACUACCUCCUUAUCUGCCCUAUCAACAACGGCCAUCAAGGAUGGUCACCAGGGCCAUCCUCAUCCCUAUGCGCGGCACACGCACCAUUCCUCAUCGGCAUCUGCCACAUCAACCUCCACUCUAGAUGCAGAACGCGCAGAUCGCAUAUCACGUCUGGCUGGAUUAGAGCGGAUAGCAACAGCGCGGGCAGGAGGAAUGCAACAUGGGAUGUCCGGUUCGGCGGCGGCGGCAGCAGCAGCAGGCGGAGGAUUCCCAAGUCACAAUUAUACUAGCCCCAACAACAAUAGCAACAAUAACAACCAACUAUACAACCAAGGAUACUUCGAUAGCUAUCCACAGAUGCUCAAAGAGAGAAGCACAGUUGGCAGCGCAAGUGCAACGGGCAGCAUCGGAGGACGCACGACAUGGGCUAGCGGGAGCGAUGCGUUCUUCGACCCAGAUAAGAUGAGCGAGGACCAUGAUAAUGACGGCGCUUCGAGUGUGGGCGGCAUGAGUGACGAGGGGAAUGCGAGUCUGGUGGGCUUUGGUGAAGGCGCCAAUAGCACGAUUAGCGGGCCUAUUUCGAGUGCGCGAUACCACCAGACUUCUAAUUCUUCCUCCUCCUCCAACAACAACAACGUUUCAGGACGAACGCCGUCCUUUGGCAGCCCUCCUGGUGGUGGUGGUGGUGGCGGCGGUGCCACCAAUCGCAAUAAUAGUGGAAUGCAACCAUUAUCAUUUUCUUCGCAACAGCAGCAGCAACAUCUGUCUCCGUCGCCGGCUGGAUCGAAUACUCCGGAGCCAUUGGACGAUGCGCGCAUGGUGGAUGGAAUGACGUACGAUGCUGAUGUUGUCGAUACUACUGUGCGUACACCCCGUCUGGUCGAGAGCAACCAUGGCAGUGAAGUACGAGAGCAGAACUCUUCUCAUUCUGCUGGGGAGAAAUAG